AUGUUCCAGCUCGCAGGGAUCACAAUGGAAUUUUUUAAGCAUAAGCCGUUCAAGUUGGAACUCACUCCGAAACAAUAUGUGAUCAGUCUGGAUAAUCCAAAACCAAUACAAGCACAGGUGAAGAACAACACGGAGGUGGACCAAGACGUUUCUGUGAUUGUCUAUUCUUUGUUCUUCCGAAUCGCCGAAGCUGGAUGGGUCGAAGACUUCCAUACUUCUAUCCACAAAAUUAUGAAGCCAAACGAGACUUUGAAAUUUGAAAUUGGAAUUUGGGAUGAUGCGAAGCUCAGUCUUCCAUUUGAAAGUUCCCAUUCACAAUACUUUGACCUAGAACAUAUGGAAGGACGUCUCUGUAUUAGCCAUUCGCCAACCUCUGUUGUAAGAAAUGCGGAUAGCGUAGAAUUUGAAUUGUUAGCUGAAUAUUACAACAAUUCUGAAAGUGGCUACUGUUCCAUUGAUUUGGUGCCAGAGCGUGAAACGGAAUUUAUUAAGAAACGAAAAGUCGAAUUUGAGGAAUUUCGUGCAAAAGAAGAGGAGGAACAGAAGGAAUUUCGGGAAAACCAAGGAAAACCAAAGAAAAAGAAUAAGAAGUGUCCUAAAUGUAGUAUCCUGUGA